GAAAAAAUUCUGAAAAAAGUGUUUAAAGUGAAAUGUAUGAAAUUGUUAUGCAGAUUUGCUUGCUUCCCUCGUUGUUUGACACUUAUUUUACGGUACAGGGAUGCUUAUAUGUCAGAACUGUGGUGGCUAAUUGCUAAAAUAGUACAGACCCUUAAAAUUAAACAGAAUAACUGUUUGUAUUUAAUUGGGAUUGUUUAUGCUGGUAGUGAAUUGAAAGCGGACUAAGAACUUUCACGGAAGUAUAAUCUAAUUGGAUUUCUGAAUAUGGCAAUAAGAGAAAUAUUUACGUAAAAACGAAAUCAAGUUGAAGUUUAACAAAUUUUUUUUAUAUUUAGAUAUAAAACUGCGGUCAGAACUUUAUAACCAAAGGAAAUACAACAACUACGCAAAAAUAAUCAUCAAUUUAGAAAAUCUCAGAUAAAACGCUUAUAAUAGAAAAACACAAAAUAUCGUAUAUAUUUCUAUUAAAAAUCGAAUAAAGUUUUUUUAGAUGUUAAGCUUUGCUAGUUGCAAUAUUGAAUAACCCAAGAAAUUGCAGUGAAUUCAAAAUCAAUUGACACUUGGCAUUUGUGCGUUUCAUUAACGUCAUAUAAUAAUGAAAGACGAAGAUCUUCAAACACCCUAUCUGAACAUUAUUUUUACCGGAAAUUCUUAUGAAGAUGCGAUACUCAUAACAAUUCAAGCUAAAGGCGUGAUAAUAUACACAAUAUUACAAAAUGGAUAGCCAAUUGGAACGAUGUUAGUAUGAGCUUUAAAUAAACCCCUGUUGUACUAUCACUUUUCGUUAUAAUGAAGAUUAAGCAGUCAAGGACUUAGAAACGGAUAAACUGCUCGCAAACGGUUGAACUACUUCGAAACAGUUGCAUUUUGUGGAAACUGGUGAACUUUAUUGCUCUUUUUUAACAAUGAUAUAAAUGAAAAAAUGAUGAAAAGGCACUUACACUCUACACGCACUUAGACAGUGUUUCGAAACAAUGGAAAUAUAUUCAGUUUACUACGAAAGAAAUAACAAUUCAUCUAUAUAUAUAUAUAUAUAUAUAUAUAUCAUUUGCUUUACAAUUGAGUAGUGAGCCUGUUACACCAUAAUGCGUGUUUACAGCAGAAACUUAAAAUGAAAUAUUGAUUUAUUAAGCACUAUCUCUCUGAAAGCUUGAUCUGAAACAAUAGAUCAAUAGAUCUGAAACAAUAGAAUAGAUAUUCUAGCAAGACCCGUAAUGAUAAAACAAAACUUACCAUCGACACACGUCCGGUGGAUAUAAUUCAGUUCAAUAAUCCAUAAAGAUAUUAUUGUAGUUUCUAAAAUUUUGAUGAUUUAUUUGGCUUUCUGGUGGCAAAUAAAUUUUGCAACAUAAACUCUAAGGUCUGUGCUCUAUGGUUAUCAACAAUGGAAUUGUAAAGCAUAGAUGUGCAUUAAUCAGUCAGCAUUGUUACAAUAAUUCUUUCUCAGAUAAAUACUGCACAUUUAGAAAAGAAUUUAGAUAAGUUUACACUCCAGUUCGGAAAUAAAUGCCAAUUUUUAAUUAAUCACAAAGUAGUGCAAAGAAAAAGGCAUCAACUACCAUUAUGUAUUAGGUCGGGUGAAAUCAGUACGUCUAGAAUGUGAACUGUAGAUGCAGAUAUAACAUCAAUAGUAUCCGACAUCAAUAUGCAGUAGUCAGUAUUUUUACAAAUGCGUUAAAACAUCCAUGUAUGUGUUGAUCAAAUUGGGUUCGUAUACACUCCUGCGAAAUAAGAGUCAGUUUAAAAUCGAUCACAAAUUAAUGUGCCAAGAAUGAAAGUAAAUAUGUGUAUAUUUAAAUGGUUUAUAUGGUUUUACCACUAUCAACUUUUAAUGUUACGGGGUGACUUUUGGAACAAAAACAGAACAGUACUUAAAAUUAAGUACUAUCUAUAAUCAUUUAGAUGAAACGCUUCGUUGAUCCUGAAGAAUUAAAAACAAAAGAAAAAGAAUAAUCAAUUUGCGUCAUCCCAUAAUCGCCUUCCUGUAUCUUUUCAAAUGUCAUUACAUGGACUUGAAUCCGUCGGAAUGACAUUUAGUGUUAUCAAUUUAAUAAAGAUACAUUCAGGACAAAUGUUGGAGUUACCUACGUCUUAUGAUAUGUCGAUGCCAAGAUUGAAGAAAAAGUCUGAAUUCCAAUUACGUUCAGCAGCAAAAGAACGGACGCGUCGUUUACGCAUGAUGCGACGUCUUGAUCCCGAUUACAAAAGACCACCAAAAACAUCAGAGAGCAAUGAGCAAGUAACAGAAAUAAAUAUGGUAAAAGCGGAUAGCAGUGAGGAACAUGAAUACAAGGCCAUACGGCAAGCACAAAUUAUAUCUGAUUACUCAUUGCGAAGAAAUUUUCCCGCAAAUAGCGCUGUUGAACAGCAAGAAUUUAUAUAUCAACAAAAAAUCAUGUCAGCAUUACAAAAUCACGAUGAUACUUCCUCGAAUGAAUCUAUGUCACAUAGUGUGAAUACCAAUUCUGAUUUUCAAUACCGUUUAGCGAAUGAUAAUAGUUCUGAGUAUUCAGAAUUUUUUCACACUGAGGAAGAAACACAAAUAUGUGAUCAGCGAGUAAGAAAUGCGCAAUUUCUAUUGCAGGAACAGCAUAAUCAGCUAUCACAAGACUGUGAAGUACGUCUCUCUAGAUGUGAUGACUCGAAUGCUACUAGUGCUAGCAGUAUUGCCACAGCUACAACAACAACAACCACAGCUUCAAGUCUGGAAAACGACCGUAGCACAAUUGAAAACUUAUCACAACUCUCUGAAUAUGAAUAUCUACGAUUGCAAUGCGAACUCCGAAGAUCGAAUCUUUAUGCAAAAUACAAGAAAAAAAUUAAGCAUGGUUAUAACAAUUUAUGUCUUUGCUGUGGCGGUACUGGAUUUGCAUCACAAGUCGUUAAGGAAAUGAACACAUCUCGUUUGCCACUCACCAAAAUUCCAACACCAGAACGUAAACAAUUAUAGGAAAUUGAGUCUGCGUUGGAACGUUUUUAUGAAGCAAGAGACUUAAAUAAAUUAAAUUUAUAAUAUAUACCAAAAAAGAGUAUGAUCAUCGACAUCACAACGUACGUGUAAGUAACAUUUCAUAUAAACAACAAAAUCUAUAAAGUCACUAAAAAGCAAUAGGUAGAAGUGCAUUAGAGUAAACCGACAUAAUUUAUGUAAAAUAAAAUUAAUGAAUAAGGGUAUUCACAAUCUCAUUUAAAAAUUUGUGAUAAUUAUGCGUAGAUAAAAUGCCAUUUUUUUAUAAUUGUAAAUUUUAUAUUUAA